AUGGCACAGAGCGAACCGGAUAAAGUCGAGAAAGAGCAACCGCAAAGUGAAGCAAUUAGCACUGGAUACGACAAGGAAAUACCUCAAAGUGAACCGAAUAAAAAUUUGCCACAAAACGAAAAUUUGAUCAAAAAUGAUAAACAAGCGCUGCAAAACGAACAAAAUGCGAUUAAGGAGAACAAAGCGAUCAGCGAGAAUGAACUUAAUGAAAUUAUGCUGAAGGAACGAGCGCAUUUAUUUACACGGCGUGAAGGUUUCUCGUAUCAUUAUGUGCAUAUUGAGUGGCGUAAAGGAAUCCGAUUCGGUCUCGUCAUUAAAGCUUAUGAACAGUAUAUUCUCGUUUGUAAACUCGAUCCGUCGUCGUUGUCUUCCGAAAAACUGAGGAUUGGUGAUCGUUUAAUAGACGUUGACGGUAAACCAGUAACCAAUAGAACCGAUGCAAAGAGAGAGCUUGUGAAUGCAAUUAAGAACAACAGAAAA